AUGCUUGAGAAGGUAUUCCACGAAAAGAGCUUCGCCGACCAGUACACCUAUGGCGCAAAGAUCAGUGAGCUCUAUGCGGAGACACUGGUGGCCGAGUCUGGCAUCGCCAAAUCCCAUCAGAGACCUUUGAUUAUUUUGGACAAUGCCUGUGGGACGGGUUCUAUCUCGAGUACCCUUCAGCGUACUCUUGAUAACAGGAAUAAAAGGAGCUUGAAGUUGACCUGUGGUGACCUGUCCGAGGGCAUGGUCGAAUACACCAAGCAACGGAUGCAGGCCGAAGGAUGGAACAAUGCUGAAGCAAAGAUUGUGAAUGCGCAGGAUACCGGUCUACCGAGUGAUCACUACACGCAUGUAUACACGGCGUUUGCUUUCAAUAUGUUCCCUGACUACAAAGCUGCUUUGAAAGAAUGCUUCAGAGUACUUCAGCCAGGUGGUACAUUAUCGACCUCAACAUGGAAGACUGCCAACUGGUGCACUGUUAUGAAACCUGUCGUUGCAACUAUGCCGGGACAUCUGCCAUAUCCCACAAUGGAUGAAAUCAACACGAUGCUUAAUAAAGGCUGGGACCGCGAGUCCGACGUACGUGCCGAGUUUGAGCAGGCAGGGUUCCAGGAUGUCAACGUCAGCACCGUGGAAAAACAAUGUUUACUUCCUGUGCAAGAGUUUGGUGAGGCGUGCAAGAUUCUCCUGCCCUACAUCCUCAGCAAGUUCUGGACGCAGGAGCAGCGGGACCGGUACGAAGCCGACGUGCCAAAGUACCUGAUGCGGUAUCUGGAAAAGCAAUAUGGGAAGGAGGGGCUGGCUCCGAUGAAAGGCGUGGCGGUCAUUGCUACCGGUCGUAAGCCUUGA